GGAUUUAUGGGUUUGUGCGCCUUAGCUUUUAGUUGAUGUAAGCCGAGCUGGCGAAUAAUUUUAUACUGUAAUUUCACUUCAAGAAAACCAAGUUGAGAAAAAAACAAAGAGAGGGGGACGGCCACUCUUUAUAUGAGAGGAGCUGACACAGCGAGAAAGAUUAUCAGUUAUCACAUUCGCCAGGGAAAAGAGUGAUAGUACUGGACUACUGGUGCGUAUAUACACGAGUAGGAGUAACACGGCCACGCACAUACAAAUAUGCCCGGAAUAAGAGGUCCUUCUGAUUAUUCCCGAGAACCUCCCCGCCAUCCUUCUCUCCAAAUCAACGCCAAGGAGCCUUUCAAUGCUGAGCCGCCACGAUCAGCCUUAAUUACUUCUUAUGUGACUCCUGUGGAAUACUUCUACAAAAGAAACCAUGGACCAAUACCGAUUGUUGACGACAUAGAAAGAUAUAGUGUUUCUGUGUCUGGUUUAAUCGGAAACUCCAAAGAGCUCUUUAUGAAAGAUAUAUGGAGGCUUCCAAAAUAUAACGUUGCUGCGACAUUGCAGUGUGCUGGUAACAGAAGGACUGCCAUGAGCAAAACCAGGACAGUCAAAGGAGUUGGAUGGGAUGUUGCUGCUAUAGGAAAUGCUGUUUGGGGUGGAGCUAAACUGGCAGAUGUCCUGGAACUGAUUGGAAUACCGAAGUAUACCAGCUCCACACCAUCAGGAGGAAAACAUGUUGAAUUUGUAAGCAUUGACAAGUGCAAGGAGGAAAAUGGGGGCCCUUAUAAGGCGUCUAUUCCAUUAAUCCAGGCGACAAACCCAGAAGCUGAUGUCUUGCUUGCAUAUGAGAUGAACGGGGAGACUCUUAACAGGGAUCAUGGCUACCCACUUCGUGUCGUUGUCCCAGGAGUUAUAGGUGCCCGUUCAGUUAAGUGGCUUGAGUCUAUAAACAUAAUUUCCGAGGAGUGCCAGGGCUUCUUUAUGCAGAAGGAUUACAAAAUGUUUCCACCUAGAGUUAAUUGGGAUAACAUUAAUUGGUCCACAAGGAGACCUCAAAUGGAUUUUCCUGUUCAGUGCGUAAUAUGCUCUCUGGAGGAUGUCAAUGUGGUGAAAAAUGGCAAGAUAACUAUCAAGGGUUAUGCGGUAUCCGGAGGCGGGCGUGGGAUUGAGAGAGUAGAUGUAUCUGUUGAUGGUGGCAAAACUUGGGUGGAAGCAUCUAGAUUCCAAAAAUCUGGUUCAGAAUACAUUGCUGAUGAUGAUUCUAAAAGCGACAAAUGGGCAUGGGUUUUCUUUGAGACGGAAGCUGAAAUUCCCUGGAGUGCGGAGAUAGUUGCCAAAGCAGUGGAUUCAGCUGCAAAUGUGCAACCAGAAAAUGUGGAAGAUGUUUGGAACCUGAGGGGAAUAUUAAACACUUCAUGGCAUCGAGUGCAUGUUCAGGUUGGGCACUCAAAUAUGUAGCCUUUUUUUUUUUUGAAUAAGCAGAGGAAUUUGUACUUGUUGGCCGACCUGUUGUGCCCCUUGAUGUUUAAAUAAUGUUUAAGGUAGUUAGAAGGUUCCAUUGUACAAGUAAAAUGUUGUGGGAUCUACUUACAUUUGUGGACUACGGUUUGGAUAUAUGUCUUUAUUGGCGAUAGCCUAAGAUUGUA